AUGAAAACAUUUGAGUUCGAACUUAUGAAUUUAUUUUCAAUGGAAUCAGAAAGAUUAACUGAAAAGAAAUUAGAAUUUGGAGCAGGGCAAUAUGAAUACACUAUUCAAUUUAAUAUUUCAAAGAAAAGUGGGUCUUUGUUAGAUGAUUUAUUUGUUGUUAUGUCAUACAAAAAUACAAAAAGUGGAUUUAUGAAUGAGUAUCAAGGUUCAAUGAAAGUAUUUUCUGCGUUAGAAGGAUUAAACAAAUUAACUCAAAUUGUUGAAUGUAAAGAAACUGAAGAAAGUGGAUAUCUUGUCUCCUUUGAAUACGGUGGAGGAAUUAUGCAAAUCCUUCUUAAAAAAACAAAGGGUGUUGAAAUUGAAAAAAGGAAGAAACAACAAAUAAAAGAUACACCAUUUGUAGAAAAUUCACAAGAACUAACAACAACUAAAGAAGAGCUGAAAAAAAAUUUAUUAGAAACAAAAAUAGAAGUUAUGAUAAAUAAUUUUAACAUAAUGCAAGAACAAUGGGCACAAAAAAUUACUGAAAGUGAUAAAAAAGAAAAAGAAUUACAAAAGGAAAUUAAUGAAAUUAAAGAGUUAAAAGAAUUAAAUGAAAGAUUAUUAAAAGAAAAAGGGGAGUGGUAUGAAGAACAGCAAAAACUUAUCAUUUGGAAAGAACAAAAAGAAGAAGAAAUUAAAAAACUAAAAGAAGAAAUUGGUAUUUUAAAAAGUUUAAAAUCAUCAGACAAUAACAACGAAGAAAAUGAAAUAAUAAUUUCAAAAGAAGAAUACGAAGAGCUUAAAAAACGAAUAGAAGAAUUAGAAAUAAAAUGUAAUUUCAAAGAAGAAUUAGAAAAUUUAAAGAAAAGAGUUGAAGAAGUAGAAAAGACAAUCAAUAAAAUAGAUAUUAAUAUAUUAAACGAUAAUAUUAAUGAAAUCAAUAAGCAAAAUGAAGAAUUAAAUGAAAAAGUAAAUGAAUUAAAAGAAGAAAAAAUGAAAAAUGAAAAUAGUAUUGAAAAGAGUAAACAACAAGAAGAAUUAAAAGUGCUUAAUGAAUUAAUUAGAGAAUUACAAGAAACUAUAAGUAGUGUUGAGGAGAACCAAAUCAAAAAUGAAACAGAAAUUAAAGAAAUUAAAGAAGAAAAGAAUCAAAUAAUACAAUUAAUUGAAAAAAAAGAAAAGAAAAAUAAAAUUCCAAGAGUCAUGACAUGUACUGAAGAAGUUAUUGAAAUUUGUCAAAUAGUAAAAGAAAAUAAAAAAGAAAAAAAGUGUCUUGUUAUUUGUCAACAACAAACAAAUGAAAUUAUUAUAAGUGUUAUUAUUGGAGAAGAACUAUUUGAAGGAAUUUAUCAUUGCACUAUUCAUAAUAUACCAUUUAAUAUUUUAGGCCAAAUAAUUGAAUUAGCAGAAAUUACAAAAGAAAAAGACAAAGUUUAUGUUGAAUAUAAUCAAAAUAAAAUUGAAUUAGGUUUAGAAAAUCAAAUAGAAGUAUGGCCAAGAAUUGUUAAAAUAUAUCAUUAUAUUGGAAAUGAAUCUGAUAUUCUUUUAGAUGGUACAUUUGAAUAUACUGAAGAAAUAAAAGAUAAUAAUUAUCGAUUAAAAUUAGUUGGAGAUAAAGAAAAAGAAGAAGAACUGCAACAACAAAUAAAAGAAGAACCACAACAAGAAAAAGAAGAAGAGAUAUCUCAAUCACCAUCUUCUUCUUCAGAUAAAACAGAUAAGGACAGCGCUGAACUUAUUAAAGAAAUUCAAGAUAAAGUAAAAGAGACAUCAAUUAGUCAACCUAAAAAAAUAAAGAAAUCCAAAACUGUUUUUGUAUAUUCAUCAUUACCAACACAGUUCCAAGGAAGAAGAAUACAACAACUAGGAAAGAAAGUACCACACUAUAAAUUUACAGAUUUUUGGAAUGGAUAUGGAAGUUGCAUUACUCCAGAUAAAAUUGUGUUGUAUUAUAUUUAUGAAAAAGAAGAGUGUGACUAUCAAAGUGAUUUAGAGGCAUUAAAAAUUGUCUAUCCAAGCAUUCCAAUAAUUACUGUUAUUUUAAAUUAUCCGGAAUAUUGUCUUGCACCACCUAAAACUAAUGAAGAAGAUGUGUUUGUUAUUGACGUUAUUUCUAAUAUUUUAGAAGACGGAGGGAUGUUACUUCAAUUUAUAAAUGAACUCACUAAAGAUGAGUAA